AUGCCUUGCCUGGCGAUAUUCGAUUUCGACCGUACUGUAGUCCUCGAUGAUUCGGACGCGACAAUAAUAAAUAAAUUAAAAGAAAACAAACCUCCGCCUGAAUGGGAAGGGUCCAACAAAGAUUGGACACCGUACAUGAGUGAUGUGUUUGAACACGCAUUCACCUCUGGAUUCAGUCAAGAGGAAAUCUUAUCGGCCAUAGCAACAAUGCGCGCCACACCAGGCGUAGAACAGCUGAUCACCACGCUCGCGGCUGAAGGCUGGGACGUGAUCAUUUUGACAGAUGCCAACAGCGUCUUCGUGCAGCACUGGUUGAAGGUUCAUGGUCUAUUGGAUUCAGUUACUUCAAUAAUAACCAACCGAGCCUUCUUCGAAGACGGCCGGUUGUUCAUCGAGCCGUGCAUGCGUCAGACGGCCUGCUCCCGCUGCCCCACCAACCUAUGCAAGUCGCUGGCGCUCGCCCAGUGGUGCGCCAAACAUAAUUACGACCGCAUUGUGUACACGGGGGACGGCAGGAAUGACUACUGUCCGUCCACCAACUUGCCUGCUACUGCCACCGUUUUUCCCCGCCGUGGGUACCCCCUCGACGAUCUGAUCAAGAAGACAAUGGCUACUGAUUCCCCUCAAGUCAAGGCCAAGGUCGUGCCCUGGGACGACUGCUAUCGAGUUCUCCAGGAGCUGUUCCCCGGGAAGGCUCCUGCUGUUCCUUCGUAA